GGGUGGCAGAGGGAUAGAGAGAUAAAAAGAAAGGGGGAGAGAAGGAGGGGAGGGUGAGUCAGGACGCGCCGCCGGCGACAGACUGCACUCUCUCGUGGCGCUCAGAGCGCAAGCGUGCACGUGUGUUGUGCGUUCUGUGCCCUAACCCUGUCCCGCUACCUGGGAGGAGUAGCGUGGUCGUCAUCCCUCCGCGGCUACAUCCCCACCGUGCCGCCGUUGCCGCCGUUGCCGCCACCGCCAACGACACCGACGCCGACGCCGCCGUCGGCUCGCCAUCCCUUCCGACGCGCGUGGAGGAGCGCCGCGUCGCACCACGGCCGACGAAACGACGGCGACGACGACGACGACGACGACAACGACGACGACGACGACGACAGGACCCCCAUUGCCGUUACCACUACUACCGCUGCUACCACCACAUCGGCGGUCCACGACGAUAGUAACUUUGGUCGUCGACAGUAACUUUACUGCCGACGCGUUACAUCACGCGUGACGUUGCACGUUAGCGCGCGGCGACGUAUACACACGCGCGUUUCCCUUUUCCCUCACGCACGCCUCACGCUCACGGCGCGCGCUGAAACACAGACAGAGAAACGUUGGCGGAAGGGGAGCGGAGAGAGGGGUUCACCAGGGUGGGAGCAACCAGGAAGGGUGGAAGGAGGAAAUCGGAAAGAGACACGGAAGGGAAACUAGAGUCGUAGGGGCGGAAGGGGUAGAGGGGUGAGCAAGAAAGAGGAGGAGGUACGGGAGGACGACGACGAGGGCGACAACGGCGACGACGACGACGACGACGACGACGACGACGGAGGAGCGCCGGCGGUGGAGGGGGUGGACAUCCACGCGGGAACACGAGGCAGGCGCACCCGGCCGGCACGCGCACACACAUCCUAAGAUGUGAUUUCAAAAAUGGCGGAUUGCCCCUAUGCCCGCUGCAUACAGGAACGCAGACACAUCCGACGGGAGCUGCUGCGAUGGACAAAGAAUAUGGUCUUCGUAGUCGGUCUGGAACGGGUAGCAGAGGAGUUGAUGGGCCGUAGGAGAUGGAAGCAAUACCAGGACACCCUGUACAGCGGCACCCGCAGCAGCGAAUCACAGCCCCACCAUCGGCUUUACCCGGCGUUGUCGUCGUCCUGCAACCCGAUACCCGGGAGCCUGGACCAGAUUGGCUCGCAGCUGCAUCACCCGGCACCCACGUCGUUGUCGUCGACGGUGCUGACGACGGCGACGACCACGACGACGACGACGACGACGACGCUUGCGACCGGCGUGGUAAAACAGGAGAGUCUGCAGAGGCAUCAUCUGCAGAACCACCAUCACCUACCCGCGCCAGUUCAGGACCAUUCACAGCAGCAACAGCAAGAAGAUUCGCGCCGUCUAAGGCCGGGCGAAGUCAAGAUCGAAGCCGCCGACGAGGAGCUCGCAGACGGUGUCGCGCGGGAGGACACCUCGACGAGGACGACGGAUACGGUAACGUCGACGACGACGACAACGACAACGACGACGACGACGACGACGGAAGUAGCGACAACAACGGCAACGACCAUCGGCAUUGCGGCGACCACGUCGACAACGACGACCGGCACGACGACGAUAGCGACGAGACGGCGACGCGGACGCCGGCAAAACGACGGGGAAGACGUCGACGGAGAGGAGGACGGCGAAGAGAACGACGAGGAAACGGGACGGGGCCAGAACGAGGCGGAAAAACGGCUCAAGCUCGACGAGGACGCCGACAGGUCGACGGUCAGCCCUCUCAGAACGGAGAACGAUCGUGCGACUCAUCCGACUGCCAACGCUACCGAUACGGAAGGGACCAAGGAACGAAAGGAGGAAAUCGCGUUGGAGCGGGCACCGGUAACACAGGGCUUACUGAGGGUAAAGAAAGAGGAGGAGCUACAGGAAGUACCGGGUUCUGGCGGUACCACGAUACUGACGACGCCGGCGACGGAUUCGGAAGGGACCAGGUCGGGGUUGUUAUGCCGCGACGGGAACGCAGUAGCGACGAGCGUCGCGACACCGUUUCUCCUUGGGAGACGUACGAGCCCGCCGCCGGAAGACUGGAAGCCGCUCGACAAGUGUUACUUUUGCCUCGACGGCAAACUACCCCACGACGACCAGCCGCCCCUUAGUCCGCAGAGCGACAGUAGCAGCAGCUCGCGAUCGGCGGAGUCACCGAUGUCGGUCCAGGUGGACCCGAUGGCGGCGUCCGUGGUCGCCGCCGCUCUCAGUGGCACUUACCCCACCUUGCUGCCCCAAUGGUGCUUACCGCCGAGGGAGGCGCCCCUUGUUAGGGUGCAGACCCAUCAGGACAGCGCCGCGGCGGCCGAUCAACCGCUCGAUCUUUCGGCCAAACCCAGAAAUUCUCAGGACAACAACAUAUCUCUAUUGGAGCAACAGAAAAUACCUCUGAGAAUGCCGACAGGCAUCGAUCCCAAGACUAUCCUCAACUCGUGUUACCGCGCGAAACCGCGAAUGACCGGACCGGUUGUGACCGCGGCGGCAGCGGCGGCGGCGGCGGCUGCGGCAGGUGGUGUUCCAGUGGUGGGUGCCGGGGGCGGCAGGAGGACUUACACCGAGGAGGAGCUGCAGGCCGCCCUCAGGGACAUCCAGAGCGGCAAGCUUGGCACGCGGAGGGCAGCGGUGAUCUACGGGAUACCGCGUAGCACUCUGCGCAACAAGGUCUACAAGCUCGCGAUGGAACGCGAAAGGGACGCGUCCCUGACUAGCACCCAUUCACACCCUCACGAGCCCGGCGCCCCAGCCACCACCACCACCACCAUCACCACCACCACCACCACCACCACUACUACUACUACUACUACUACAACACCACCAAAUACGACCCAAAACGCCUCCGCGACCACUCCGCCCCCGCAAGUGGACGAGGCGGAUGACAAAGAAUUAUCCGGUGCGGAAGAGGAGAAGGAAGUCGAGAAGGCCCUGUUGAAGCCUUUGCUGUCAUUGGAGGAUCUCGUAAGGUUUUCUACACUCGAAGGGACUGGUGGUGAUUCCCUCAGAAACUUGUUGCAACGAGGACAUGAGACAGGAGCUGAAUGGCCCGGAUUGGAACACGCGAACAUCGGUCCUUAUAUUCAGAAGAUGUUGGCUGCCGCUGCACCAUUAGGCAUGGAUACGCGGGACUAUCGCAUCCCCGAAGUGAUGAGGAAGCUGAUGAGCGAGGACAAGAGGCUGAACAAGAAUGUGAACGGUGACCAGUCACAGCCGCAUCACCAUCAGCACCAUCCCCUCGCCGCGCAUCAACAGUCGCAGCAGCGCGGGCCCAUGACGAACGAUGACUUCAAUCCCAACAUCGAGGAAGAAGCCAGUGACAGCGCUCAGGGCAGAGCGAUUUUGAAAAUUCCGUCCUACAAGCCCGCCAGCACGCCGGGCUGUUCUAGCAAGAACGGCGAGCCGACUUCCGCCGCAUUCGCUCAGAGCUUUGCGGCUGCCGCCUCGAGUCCGGGUCUCCUGGAACGAGCUAGUCCAGCGUUUUCCAGCACUAACAGCCCCACGAAUUCGCUGGUAGGCAAAGCGGUGGCUGUUAAUUUCCGCGACGUCAUCGCCAAGAGCAUCAGCGUCAAGUUCCAAGAGGGUCAAACGCCCAGUGCGACUGGCAUACCGGGUUGCCAACCAGCCGGUGUGGUUCCAUCACAGCAGGCUAUGAUAACAGACCCGAGUCCGUUCAAGAGGGGCCGAUACACACCUCCACAGCCACCACAACAGCAACAGCAAUCGCCAGCGCAACAACCGCAAUCCAAGCAGCAGUCGCAGGAGGCGAACAAAUCGAAACCGGGUACUGGUGGCAAAGGUACCAGACCUAAACGCGGAAAAUACAGAAACUACGACAGGGAUAGCCUCGUCGAAGCGGUACGCGCAGUUCAACGCGGUGAGAUGAGCGUGCAUCGCGCUGGCAGCUUUUACGGAGUUCCGCACUCCACCCUUGAGUACAAAGUCAAGGAGCGGCAUCUCAUGAGGCCGCGCAAAAGGGACCAGAAGCAACCGGACGACAAGUCGAAGGAGACUGCGACGACGGCAGCGGCGGCAGCCGCGGCCGCGGCGAUGCGGCCGGGCACUACUGGCGUCGACAAGAAGCCGCAGCUGAAGCCGCAGAAACCGUUCACACCGCCCGGUGGUAUACCCGGUCCGAAUGGUUUGAAAAUGCCUCCGUUCAUGGAGGGCAUGCCCCACCUGCCAUUCGGACCCUUUAACUUCUGGAACCCGACGCCGUUCAUGCCCUCCCCCUUUAUGGGUGGCGCGCCGAACGUGCCGAUCCUUCCGGAACAAUAUUUCGCAUCGCAGAGAAUGCGCGGGCUACAGGAGCAACAACGAAACGCCACGAUGGUACAGCAGCAACAUCAACAACGAGACCGAGAUGGUGUUGGCGUAUCCGGAACGACAGACGCGGCCGGAACUUCGAAUUCUCGAAGCGCUUCGAUGGCGAAAACGCCGCGCGAUAUGGUGGAAAGCAUUUACGAUGGGCCUGGGGCGAACGGUAGUUUCUUGGACAAUCUGAUCAGGUCGAGCCUUGAGACAGGCGUUCCAAGGGACCAGCGGGCGAUAGCGGAGGCGAGAAACCAGCAGCAGCAGUCGUCGUCGCAACAUCCGGAGACGAUGAGUAGCAAGACACUGAUUGAUCAGCUCUGCAGAAACUCGAGGAGGACCCCGUUGCCGCGGAUGGCGCAAGACAGUAGCGAGGACGAGAGUUAUCGAGGACCAACGGGCAGGAUGGUGCCAGAGAGACCGGAGCGCGUGCCCACGGUCGACCUCAGCCCCUCACCAUCGGAGAGAGGUCGCACGGAGGACGGCAGCGAUCGGCUGACGUCACCGCCGACACCUCUGUCGAUUUCCCGAGCGGGUAGCAGGGACGAGGACAGCACCCGUGACUCGAGGAUCGAUCGCAGCAGCAGAGAGCGCGAGGUUCACAACGGCGGCCAAGAGGAUCGCGACCGGAAACAGCCUCUGAACCUGCAACAGCAGCAGCAGCAACCACAGCUGAAUCACUACCCGGACUUACACAACCUCUACGCCGCGUCAACUGACAAAAAAAGUGCCUGUGAUAGUAAGCUUAUAGUAGAUCAUUCGAGCCAGAAGACUCAGCCGCAGCAACAACAAAAGGAAUACGCUGCCGUGAGCGGGCUGGUCGUGCAAUUGCAGAGGGGCUACAACACCGCGAGCAGCAGAUCCGGCGAGCCGACUAACAGCCAGCAGCCGGCGGCGACGGAACAGCGCGCCACCGCGCUCAGCAUGGAGGACUCCGUAGAGUAGACGAAAGUCAGUAUCAGUUAUCAGUAAAGUUAUGAGUAUAGUAAACAAAUGGAGAAAAAAGAUCCAUAUACAGUAAGCCCACAUUCCCGCCCAGAUCUCUCACACGCACCGAACCCGUGCGCCUUCUCGUUGUUGCGCACCGCGAACGGGGGGCUUCCCUUCGCGCUCGCACAAUUUUUCCCAAUCUCUCGACUGUGUCGGGCAAGAGGGACGGAUUUAAGGAGAGGAUGUUUAAAAAAUCUCCUCGCGCCGAAUGAUCGAUUCGAGCACACAGGGACGAAGGGAAUCCUCAAAUAUCGUCGUCGAUGCCGAUAGCACCCUCGAUUAUCCCACAACCCGCCAGCCAGUCCCCCCUCCCACUCCUACCCCUCACCUGCUCCCCCACGACCUUUCUAUUUCGAUCGAAAGAAACCUCGAACGUUGCGAGGCAAGUCCAGUUGCAAGAAGGGGAGAACAAAAAGUGGCGAUGCAUAAAUGCUAAGCGCAACCUAUCCGUAAAAACCCACUGCGAUUCCGCCAGUUAGAGCAUACACCCGCCGUACGAAUCCGCGUCCGGCUGGCCCCGGCCAACCUGGAAUUAGGCGCGCGUGUAGGAAAAAAAUCCUUUUCGAUUUACGGCGAAAGUACAUUUCGCACCGGAGUAUAAUACCGAAAACGUAAGGAAUAAAGGACACGACAUUGUUCAUCGUGCCGACUAUUCACACACACGCUUUAGUAGACGCAAGGACCCAUUCCGACCGCGUUUCUACAAGCCCGGCAUUCCACUCGAGACACUCACACGCCAUACACAUAAUAUACAAAACGAGUACAUAUACGCGAGUAUACAAAAAUGGGGAACAUAACGAGAUAUUUAGGCGUUGCGCGCGCGCACGUGUCUUUACAGAGCGGCGUUGCCCGAGAUCUCACCUCCGCGCCUCGAAUAUCGUCGAAUCGCAUCGCGGUAUUCGCGUCGAUGGAAAAUCUGUUUCUAUACGAUAGACGCGCUGACCCCGAAGUCUGAUACACACACGAAUCCGUUAAAUCUCGCGAAGAGGAUGGCUCGGUCGCAACGCGGUACGACACACACACGUGGGCACGUGCAACGCGAAAAUGUUAGCCGUUUGAUGAUUAUUAUUACGAUUAUUAAUUACUGCAACCACUAUCAAUCGGUGGACGACGACGAAAGGUCAAACGAUGGAACAAAAAUGCCGACGCGACAGCAUAUUUUUUCCUCUGUGAGUGUAAAAUUACCUAAUGCAAAAAAGAAAAAAACUUAUUAUCUACUAUUUAAACACUACUUAACUAAGGAAGACAUAAUUAUAUAAGGAAUAAUAUAUUAUAUAUACAUAUAUUUUUUGGUCAUUACGAACGUGUGCGAAGCGAGGACGAGCCAAGGCUUUUGUUGGCGCGCGCAGGUUGACGCGUUUUUUCUUUUUUACGAGGCGACAAUAUUUCUACAAUCUCGGUUAUUUCGAGGCCAGCGUUUGACGUGAAUGCGGCAAAAUGGAAGGAAUGCGAAAAAAAAAAAUACCGAGAUAUGAUCUUCGUUGUUGAGAAUUGCCUACAAAGUUACGAGUAAUGUUUUUCGAUCAAUGUAAUUGGCACAUUCGAGACGAAUGCCUACGUUUGAUUGUCCAUGAAAUUCCUUUUUUACGGAGGAUCUGUGUAUAACGAACAGUGUGAAAGAUUAUAAUAUUUUAUAAUUAUAAAAUAUUGUUUAAAUAAGCAUGAAGUAUUUCGAGCUUUUCGACACGUAAAAGAAAAUGAAAAAGUUUUAUUUUAAGAAAUUAUGAGUAUUGGAAA